AUUUCGGAGACGGACGUGUGUUUCUGUCAAGCUGUCAUCAUACAGCAAGAUUUGUCUGAAGAGUGUUGACGAGAAAGUUUGAAUUCGGACAACAUUUACAGAAAUCAGUCAGAAUACAAGACUCAACUUCCCUGUGUCAAGAUGAAGUGUGAGAAUCUACUAUACCUGAGUGCUCUAUGCAGUAUAUAUACUGUUAGCAUCAUAUUUGCCAAGCAGGCAGAUUACUAUGAAGUCCUGGGCCUGAAGAAAGGUGCUUCUGAUAAACAGAUCAAGAGAGCGUUCAGAAAACUAGCACUGAAGUUCCAUCCAGAUAAAAAUAAAGAGAAGGGAGCAGAAGAAAAGUUCAGGGAAAUAGCUAAAGCAUAUGAGGUACUAGGAGACCCUGAUAAAAAGAAGAAGUAUGACACAUAUGGUCACAUGGACGACCAGCAGUUUGGAGGUGGUGGGAAUGGAUUCCCAUCACAUAGCUUUGACUUUGGUGAUUUCUUCAAAGGAUUUGAUGAUGCAUUUAGUGCUCAUAAACAAGGACACCAUAAACAUCAACAGGGUUUCAAAUUUUCAUUUGGUGGUAAUGGUGGAAAUUUCUUCAAUUUUGAUGAUCUGUUUGAUGACGAUGAUGACGAUGACGAUGGAAGUCAGUUUUUCCAUGACUUUUUUCAUGAUGAUGAUGAUGAUGAUGACUUUUAUCAUAAUGGAUUUGGUUUUGAAGACGAUUUGUUUGGUAACCUUCACCAUCACAGUCAGUAUGACCAUGCUUCUAAUCGCCAUCAGAAUAUUCAUAAUCAGCACCAAAGACUACAUAAAUUUAAUCAUGAAAUGAACCAAAGGAAUCACCAGAGAGCAAACAAUAUGCAUCACCACCACCCCCAUCACAACCAUGCCCAAGCACAUGCAUCAAGCUACACACAAGGUGGUAGAACAUGUAGAACAGUGACACAGAGGAUGGGGAACAUGGUGACUACACAUACUGAAUGUUCCUGAUCAGGUUAUACAUAAUCUGGUACACAAAAUGCUCUUCAGUACGCAAAAGUACCAUGACUUUGAUCAUCAUACGGAAUGCUCAUGACAAGUCCUACAUGUGUUCAGAAGUGGAAAUCUUUGCUAUAUCUGUGAUAAGGUUUUUCGGUGAAACAUUGAAAGGUGUUGUACCUUGAGCAGUGAAAGCAUAUACGUGUGUUUUUUUCUCAGAAUGUUCUUGAUAAAUACCACAUAUCGUCAGAUUAAUCUGCCAGACCUCUGUACAUGUUGAUUUGUUGGAUUGUUUUGACCUCCCCUAGGAGUUUAAAGAGUGGAGAGUGCAUAUGAGUGCUUAUAAAUUACUGGAGUUUAUUACAAGGAUACAUUAUAUAUCCUUAGCGAUGUAGUGUUUUAGAGAGUGAGGGAGAGAGAAUAUGGAUUUAUACAGGGUUGUGUAACUUUCCAUCAGGAAAUAAUUCACAUUGUGCCUUGAAAGAAUAACAUAGGGCAAGCACUUUAAAUUUACUUGAAUUUCUUUUUUCUUCAUUCAAAAAUGAUCUUCAUAAGGAUUAUUUGAUAUCUUGAGUUAAAGUAUUCAUUGAAGAUAUUUUUUCUAUAUUGUGUCAAAAAUGUUGGGGUAUAUACUGAAUAUAUAGACCGGGAAACUUUGGCCCUGGGAUUUGCCCUCUGACAAAAAGAUAGUGUUCUUUGUUAAAUUUCACCUUACUUAUAAUUACGGUCAGGCUUUUUUCCCAAUAGAAAUAUUAAGUAAUACUUCUGUAGUAGUACUACUUGAUAGAUAGCUAAAUUUUUAAUUCACUCACUUCUUAUUUGGUAACAUUAGUGAAAGCUUCUCGGUUUCACUGUAGAGACCUCCAUGCUGAAUCUGUAAACUACUAUAAACAGGCAAUAAUUAUUAACAUUUUGAUGUCUGUUUUUAUACUGAUACAAGUCAAUAUUGCAGGGCUUUUUCUCACUUAUUUGGGAAAGGACCUUUUUGUCUCAUUUUGGGAAGAAAAUUGGUAAAUUGGGAAAGAUUUUUUCAG